UUCGCGAACCAAGGCUGACGUAACUAACUAGCCAACUUCUUUUUUCACAAAACAGGAAAAUUGUUAAAAAUUUUUUUUUUGUUUCGUUACCAAUCCUCCACAAUUUUUUGUUCGCUGAAGUCCCCUUCGACCGUUUGACUAUAAGAGUGAAACGAAAGCAACACCUCCCGCUUUUCUAGCGAACCCAAGAUCUAGUGAACGAAAUAGUAUACAAUAGAGGUGGUUCAUCACAUAAUUACAACACUAAACAAAGCAACGUGAAAACCCCAUAAAGGAAUGCGUCAUUUCUCCUAUAUGUUCUCGUCCAUGCCCCGGUUAUCAUGCUUUCUCCGUCAAACAAAAUCGACGGCAAGAUUAUACAGCUCAAACAACCAUGUAUUUCAUAUUCCAGUUAUGCACAAGGAAGUUCUUACCAUAUUUGACCCUCAAGAUGGUCAAAAGUUUCUUGAUAUGACAUUUGGUGCUGGAGGACAUACCAGAAAGUUGCUAAGUUCAUCUAACAAUGCAACAAUUUAUACCUUGGAUAGAGAUCCUUUUGCGUACGACCUUGCUAUAAAAUUAGCGAGUGUAACAACAAAUGGCAAUAUUUUUCCGUUAUUAGGAAAAUUCAGUGAUUUACCGGAACUUAUGUCAGAUACCGAAGUGGACAAUUUUUUUGACGGAAUACUUAUUGAUUGUGGUUGCUCAUCUAUGCAGUAUGAUAUGAAAGAAAGAGGUUUCUCUUUGAGUAAAGAUGGACCGUUGGACAUGCGUAUGGACCAGGAUAGGUUAGCCAAUCAACCGUCCGCAAAAGACAUUUUAGCACACAUCGACGAAGACAGUCUCGCCCGCGUAUUAAAAAUCUACGGGGAAGAAAAACAAGCGAAGAAAAUUGCGAGAGCCAUUGUUGAAGCGAGAUAUUUAUUCACAAGUCUUAAUACAACGCAUGAAUUGGCGCAACUAGUAGAGAGUGCCUGUGGAUUUAGUUCUCGUACGGAUAAAUUACAACGGUCAAGUCACGUGGCCACCAAAACUUUUCAGGCACUGAGAAUUCUUGUCAACGACGAACUCAAUGAGCUCGACUUCGCUGUGAGAUUCGCACAUCGAGCUCUGAAAAUCGGCGGGAAAUUAAUUACAAUCACCUUCCAUUCGUUGGAAGAUCGGAUAGUGAAGAAUCAUCUUCAUGACCUAGAUUACUCAACCGACAGUGAACAAAAGUACAAAAACUAUGCCAGACAUCUUGACCCGUUGGACGUUCAGGUUCUCAUGGAACGGCAAUGGCUGGCAAUCAACAAACACGUCCUUACGCCUACUGACGAAGAAAUCAAUGAAAAUCCACGUAGUAGAUCCGCAAAACUAAGAGCAGCAAUAAAGCUCCGAUAAACCUGGAUGGUUUAGUCUAAUUUAAGUCCA